AUGGCACUUGCCGGUAGCAGCCUUGAGUUGCAAUGGCUUUUGCCGAAGCGGAUACUGCGGCUCGCGCUGUUGUUUCAGUAUGCCAUCCUUGGUUAUGUGCAGGAGGCUGCCGCUGCGACUUUGGAUGGAGCUGGCAGCCAUGGAGUCUUCGACUUCGGAGAAUUGAAGCAUUCUGGGAACAGCUAUGCAACGGAGAAGCUGAUGGGCACGUCUGCUGCCAUGAGUGCCAGACUCGGUGAGCUGUUGAUUCAUGGUGCGGCGGUGGAGGUCCUGAACGUGUCGUCGAGGCUUCUGCAUCGACCCCCGAAGAAGAAAGCAUGGGCGCUUUACAAUCCAUCGCUGCUGCCCCUGCGCUGGCGCGGUGAGGAUGUUUUCCUCGUGACGUACAGGGCCGGGACCUGGAACCUUUGCACCUGGGAUGGGCGAGGUUCGCCGGUGGCGUCUUUGCCGAGAGUCGAAGGUCGGAAUCAGGCCACAAGCCGUGUCAUGGCUGCCAUCACGCGUCGUGACUUUUCGCCACUUGUGCCGGUGCACGAAAUCGGGAUGCAGAAGUUCCAGGAGCAUUCCUGCACGCAUUCAACAGGCAUGCGCCGUGUCGGCAUCGAUGACGGACGCUUGUUUUCCCUGCGCGGCAAGCCGUUCGUGCUUUUUGCUGGUGUGGCGCCAGCUUCUCAGGAUUACCCUUGCCAGCAUCGACAAUACCUGUGCCCUCUGGAGAUGCCUGAUGAGGCAUCGAGCACCCUCAAGGAGUUAAAGGUAGAGUGCCUGCAGAAGGUGCUGCUGACCUUCGACUUCGCGGAUCAGCUGUCAGAGAAGAUGCUGGCACAAGACCGGCUAGGAAGCGUGCACCAGAAGAACUGGAUGCCCUUCGUUGUUGGAGACCAGCUCUUCUUGGUCUUUACAGUCGAGCCUUUGCGCGUGAUGCGUGUGGACAUCACGACGGGGCGCUGCGUGGAGAUAAGCCUAGCAAAGACGCCAGCGCUUGUGGCUCUUCACAAUGCCGAACGUGAUGAGUUUCGUGGGCAUGGAGGACCAGCUCUUGUGGCCUUGCCGCCAACGCUCGGCAGCGGUCUCCUGGGACUGGCUCGGGUGCAAGCUGGCAACUUGCUUUACACCCACUUCUUCUUCACCCUCGACGUUCCCGACGAUCCGUCUGCAUCGAAUCCGUUUACCAUCUCGCGAGUCAGCCGUCUUCUAUGCAUCGAGUCUUCCUUGUCAGGGCAUGAAGGCUUUUGCGAGGUGAUCCAGUUCGUGGGCGGCAUCUUCAUCGAGAACGACACAUUGGUCCUCACCUAUGGCGCAAAUGACUGUGUGGCUCAAUUGCAAGCAGUGGAACCACAAACUUCUGCCUUCGAGGCCUCCGUACUUGCCGGAAGGCGUGGUGGCAACAAGGCCAAAUCUCCGGCAGACGGGGCCAGUCCACAUCUAUCCGACAGGCAACUACGUACUCAGCUGCAGCGAACCGCCUCGUUCCAGAUUUCUGUUUUUGAUCGCUUGGAGGAUCAGCUGCAAAUCGUGCAUGCCGACCCGGCCGUAAUUCUCAUCCCGAACCUUUGGAGUCCAGAGGCCUGUGAAAGGCUCAUCUUCACUGCAAAGUGCAGCGGCGCAAUGCGGCAGUCUAGCUGUAGCGGCUAUGGCGUUGCUCCGGGUGAGGCAAAGGCUGCAAGGACCAGUGGCAGUGUCGUCCUGAAGCCUGAGACUGCCCGCAGGUAUGGUGCCGAGGCAUUGGUCCGGAAGCUGUUUCGCGACCUCACAGGAGUGCUGGGUGUUGGUGGCACUGAUACCAGAGUCUUCACGGCAGAGUAUCCGCAGGUAGUUCGAUACGAGAGGGGACAACGCUUCGACUUGCAUCAGGACGCCUUCGCUUGGGAGCAAGCCCGCGAGGACGGGUAUCAACGCCACGCCACGCUCUUGGUGUACCUGAACACGGUGGGCUUGGGCGGGUCCACCAGGUUCCCGGAGUUGGCGGUGGAUGUUCAGCCGCAGCGUGGUCAGGGCCUUCUCUUCUUCCCUGCUUUUGCUGAUG